AUGAUCUACCAGAGCGGUGGAGAAAAGCAUGAACUCGGUACGGCGUUCCUGGUCAUAGGUGAGAUGCGAAAACGAGUGAUCGGGUGGUGGCCGAUCAAUGACCGGAUGUGCAGGUUGAUGAUUCGUGGCAGGUUCUUCAACCUGAGCAUUAUAAAUGUGCAUAGUCCACAUCUUAAGAGCACCGAUGACGAUAAAGACAACUUUUAUACGCAGUUAGAGAGGGAGUACGACCGCUGCCCACAACACGAUGUCAAAAUUGUCAUGGGGGAUUUUAAUGCUCAGGUCGGACAGGAGAAGGCAUUUAAACCGACGGUAGGGAGUUUCAGUGCCCACAAGCUGACGAAUGACAACGGGCUUCGGCUCGUCAACUUCGCCUCUUCCAAACACAUGACCAUCCGCAGCACCUUCUUCCAGCACGCACCUCGCUUCAGCUACACCUGGAGAUUACCGCAGCAGACAUUAUCCCAGAUCGACCACGUUCUCAUCGACGGAAAGCACUUCUCGAAUGUAAUCGAAGUAAGGAUCUACAGAGGAGCAAACGUCGACUCAGACCAUUUCCUGGUUAUGGUUAAGUUACGCCAAAAACUAUGCGUGGCUAAUAAACUGCGCUACCAGCCUUCCCCAAGGCUCAACACAGACCGGCUGAAACAAGCUGAUGUGACGAGGGACUUCGCAAUCGUGCUUGGGGAAGCGUUGCCGGAGGACACCACUACCGAGGCGAUGUCUCUCAAUGACCUCUGGCGUAUGGUGGAGCAAGCCAUCAGCAGCACGGCCAAGCGAACAAUUGGCUAUGUGAUCCGUAACAAGAGGAGGGAAUGGUUUGACGAUGAGUACAGACGAGCACUCUCCGAGAAGAACACCGCGCGUACCGGUAUGCUCCAGCGCGAGACCCGACAGAACGUGGAAGACUACAGACGACUGAGGAGCCAGCAGACUCGGCUCUUCCAGGACAAGAAGCGCAGCUUCGAAGAGUCGGAUGAACAACUCAUGCAGCAGCUAUCCCAGUCGGGGGAAACUCGCAAGUUCUACAGGAUGCUAAAUGCGGCACGAAGCGGUUUUACUCCCAUGACCGCCAUUUACCGCAACGAGGAGGGAGAUAUCCUGUCGGACGAGCGAGAGGCGAUCGACAGGUGGAAGUGCUACUUCGACGAACACCUGAAUGGAGCAGAUACCGGAGCAGAAACAGAAAGCAGAGGAGAGCAGCCUUACGACAACCAGCAUGACGAUGACGAAGUGCCCCCGCCAUCUUUGGACGAAAUCAUUGGUGCCAUCAAACAGCUGAAGUGUGACAAGUCAGCUGGCAGCGAUGGUCUAGUGGCCGAACUGUUCAAGAUGGGUCCGGAGCGGCUUGCCGUCAUCAUUCAUCGGCUGAUUGUGAGGAUUUGGGAUCAGAAAGAACUACCGGACGAGUGGAAAUCGGGUGUCAUACACCCUGUGUACAAAAAGGGCGACAGGCUGGACUGUGCCAACUUCCGAGCCAUCACAGUUCUGAAUGCUGCCUACAAGAUUCUGUCCCGAAUACUCUGCUGUAGACUUUCGCCCCUUGCUACUGAUUUCGUCGGCAGCUACCAAGCUGGAUUUGUUGGAGGCAAAUCGACCACCAACCAAAUCUUUACUGUUGCUACGGAUGUAGCUAUCUAUUUAUUAUGA